GGGCGCAUCGCUUCUGCCGGACCCUUCGGAAAGCAUGGGGGCGGGCGCCUUGGCCGUCUGUCAAAGUAAUUCGGCGGUCAGGCUUAAAGAAGAUAUGAAAAAGAUUGCCGUUCCACCCCCGAGCAGACAGAAGGGGACCUGUAGCCAGAAGUUCUUUGGCGCCAGUCUCCAGGAAAUGCAGCAGGAGGGGCUGAGCAACUGUGGAAUCCCAACAGUGGUGUGGGAUAUUGUGGAAUAUCUGUCUUGGCACGGUCUCAGUCAGGAAGGUCUUUUCAGGGUGAAUGGUAACCUGAAAACAGUGGAACAGCUACGCGUGAAGUAUGAGAGUGGAGAUCAAGUAGAUCUUGCUGCAGAGGGCGAUGUAAGCUCAGCAGCCAGUUUGCUAAAGUUAUUUCUGCGGGAGCUGCCAGAUCGAGUGAUUCCUUCUGCCAUUUACCCCAAACUCAUCCAGCUUUAUCAAGCCAGCCAGAAGUAUGGUCUGGAGACUAGUGAUUUAAGAGACCUUCUGAGGCAGAUGCCUGAGACUCACUAUUGUCUCCUUAAGUAUCUUUGCCACUUCCUGAAAAGGGUUGCUGAGCAUCACUCUGAGAACAAGAUGACUGUUUCCAACCUUGCUACUGUUUUUGGACCAAAUUGUUUUUGUGUCUCGCCUGGCUUUGAAGGUAUGAAGGAGCAGGAAAUCUGUAACAAAAUCAUGGUCCACAUGCUGGAAAACUACAGUCCUUUAUUUGAAUGGGAGCACCAGAAGAAGGAAGGAAGAUGCAAGGAGUCACCAAAAAUUAUAUUGGUGAAAGAGGCUAGUUGCAAGCCAACCCCGCCAAUCAUGCUGACCAGUCUUGAGACAGAAACACCAAAGCCAAAGCCAAGAACAAAGAUUGUAAAGUCCAAGCAAGAAAGACCAUCUCUGCCACGUUUACUGCUGCAGCCGAGACAGUCAGAUGGGAUUCCCCGGGUUAGCAUCCAUUUAACGGAUAGUUUGCGUUCCAAGGAGAUGGAGUUGGCUGAUGAAAUCUCCUUCAUAAGCAGUGCUGCUUUUUUCACCAGUUCCCAAGAGGAUGAAAGGCCUAUAUCACCAUUCUAUCUGAGUGCUCAUGUGUCACAAGUCAGCAACAUCCCUGCUACUGGAGAAUUCUUAGAAAAGACUAUCCGGUCAGCUGUUGAACAACAUCUUUUUGAUGUUCAUGGCUUUAGUGGUCAAAGUUCAGAAGAAUCUGAAUCUGGAACAUCAUUAACAUCUUCCAGUGUAUCCGCCUGGCAGCGCAGGCGACAUCAUAAAGAACAAGAUGAAACCCGAAGGACCAGAGAGAGGGAGGUCAUCAAUAAAGAGAAUAUUCCUUCUGGCUUCAACAGCAUUGAAGAGUGUAUGCUGAAUGCUCAGGAAGUGGAAAAAUGCCAAGAGAAUAGCUCUGGUUAUAUUGGGGAAAGAAGUAAACCAAAACGUCAGAAAUCCAGCACCAAACUAUCUGAGCUUAACGACAACCAAGACAGUUCCUUGACAAUGGAAACAUUUGGUUCCUUGAGACAUGUAGACGGAAGAGGACCAGAUGAUAUGGAGGUGUUUUCUGAAGAAAGUGAAGACAGCAAAAGUGAGGAUGAUUUGUUAAUACGCAUUCAGAGCUCAAAUAUGAAGAUCCAGGAACACCCCGGCAUUCCUGAAGUCAAAUUACAGAGGAACCAAGAAGUAGAAGGCCAGGAAGACACUUUCAUAUCAGAAAUACCUCGUCUGGACCUGUCGGCCUUGUGCAGUGACAACAGCUGGGAAGAACCUGUCCCUGCCUUUUCCUCCUGGCAGCGUGAUGGCUUAGAUUCUGAUGAAGCUCGCCUCUCCCCUCAGGCUGGCCGCCUCAUUCAGCAGCUUUUGGAUGAGGAUAGUGACCCAAUGCUGUCCCCUCGCUUUUAUAGCUAUGGGCAAAGUCAGCAGCACUUGGAUGACACAGAAGUGCCUCCUUCCCCACCCAAUUCUCAUUCGUUCAUGAGGCAAAGAAGUUCUUCUUUGGGAUCUUAUGAAGAUGGCAGCGAAGAUUUGACACCAGCACAGUUGACUCGCAGGAUUCAAGGACUGAAAAAAAAGAUCAGGCGGUUUGAAGAAAAAUUUGAGAAGGAGAGAAAGUAUAGACCCUCUCACAGUGACAAAGCAGCCAAUCUAGACGUGCUGAAAUGGACAAAUGACCUUGCAAAGUUUAGGAAGCAACUAAAAGAGUCCAAACUGAAAAUGUCAGAAGAGGAUCUGGCUCCCAUGACACGCCAACGUAGCAAUACACUCCCCAAAAGUUUUGGCUCUCAGCUGGAGAAGGAGGAAGAGAAACAAGAUGUCUCUGAUAAAUCAUCUAAGCCUUCAGUGGAGACAACUCUGGAAUCCAUGCAGAAGAAACUCCAAGAGAAAAGAACAGAGGCAAACCGACCUGAGGACAUAAAGGAUAUGACUCGAGACGAGAUAGCAGCAGAGAAAGUGGCCCUUCAGAAAGCCCUCCUGUAUUAUGAAAGCAUCCAUGGAAGACCAGUAACAAAACAAGAACGGCAAAUGAUGAAGCCCCUCUACGACAGAUACCGCUUGGUGAAGCAGAUCCUCUCAAGGGCAAACUGUAUUCCCAUUAUCGGUUCCCCCUCUAGCAAGCGGAGAAGUCCUUUGCUACAGCCCAUAAUUGAAGGAGAAACUGCUUCCUUCUUCAAGGAAAUAAAGGAGGAAGAGGAUGGAUCCGAGGAUGACAGCAGUGUGAAACCAGAUUUCACAGUCACAAUAAAAUCCGACUUUGGUGUAAGAAGUUUUUUGGACCAACUAGAAGAAGAUGCUGAUGGCUUCAUUUCUCCAGUGGAUGAUAGGGUUCCUUCAAGAAGCAGCCAGGACAUGGGGCUGUCAAAUCUUCAUGCUGCUUCUAUGCCAGAACUUGUACAGCAGCUUCAAGAGGUCAGGGAAGAUAAAAAGAGGAUCAGAAAAAAAUUGAGAGAUUUUGAAGACAAUUUUUUCCGGCAAAAUGGAAGAAAUGUCCAGAAAGAAGACCGUGUUCCUAUGGCUGAAGAAUAUAAUGAAUACAAGCAGGUUAAGGCCAAGCUGAGACUGCUGGAGGUCCUCAUCAGCAAAAGAGAUUUAAGUUCCAAGAUCAUGUAGUAAAGCUAUACUGGAUUUGCCAGUAAUGUUAAGAUGUUGAUGAAGCCAAAAAUAAAAAAACACAAAGAACUCAACAAGAGCCUAAUACCACAAAGGGCUUUCGUGGCUCUCCCUGACUGUGGCUGCCAGAAGAUGGGGUGUGAAGGAGGGAGGGUCCUGCAACUUUCUUCAGACUUGUGACCUGUUCUGCCACCCAGGCUGGCGAGACAGGGGGGUGUUGAUCCACUGAAAAGACUUUGCUCCAAGAGGUUCCUUUUGUUUUCAUCAGUUGGCGACCUUGAUUGCUUGGACUUAAAAAAGAAAAAAACAACAAUUUUUAUCUUCUUUGGAGCAUCAGUGCAAGAAAGGUGAACUAGUUAGAGUUCUCAUGAAUCUCCAAAUAAUUGCCUGUAAUUUUCAGACCAAUAAAGCAAUCGGGUCUGUUCUAAUAGGAGGGGCAUAUGUUUUGAGACUAUUCUGAGAGGGGAGGGUCCCUCUUAAAAUCUCAUAAUUGACUGCGGGUUUGUUGUUGUUGUUGGUACAUAGUUCUUGUAACUUGCUCCAACCGAAAGUUGAAUUGCCAGUUGGUGGAGAACUGUUAAGUGUGACUGCCUUGGCUUUCAAUAUGGCUGCUUUUUUUUUUUUUUUUAAGAAAACACUCUUACUGGUGGGUUUUUUGGAAAUGUUAUUACACAACUCUGUUUGACCUGAGAGACAGAAAAAUUGAGGAAGCGGACCUUGGGAAAAUUGGGCUUAGUUAAUGGGAGGUCCUCAAGAGUUGGAAGAUAGGGAGUGGAGCUGAUCUUGGUAGUGAGGGUGUUCUGAUUUAAUUGUGGGUUUCAGACUAUGUUUGGGAGGAACUGUUUAAAUUCUUCAUCUUUGUCCUUGACAUGAAGAUCAGGAAUAACGGACAAGCUUCUUUGAAAAACAGAAGAUGGUCAUUUGAGUUUUCUAUUGCAAUAAUGGCAUUUCUCCAAUCCGCUCUUGAUUUGUGUCAAACAGUAAUAAAAUCCAGCGGAUUGGUACCCUGCAAUCCUUCUGAGAAUUUUCUCCAGCAUACUUUGUGGCAAAUGUGCAGAGAUUUCUCAGCAAACCAGUUUAAUCUAACAGGGUUCCCUAUGAUUAUAAAAUAUUAAAAUGUCUAGGCAAUGAGCUUUUAAAUGAAAUUAAUGACAAUGACAGUUUGUGUCAUGCCUUACAAUUUUUUGUUACCCCCAAAUAGGUAGUGGAUCUGCUGGAUCCAGUGCUGAUCUUGCACUUUUUUUUCUGUUCAUGUUUAGCUGCAGCUCUGUGUGGCUUUGACAUUGCUGUGUACUUUCAAAUCACUUGAGCAAAAUGGUAGAUAGUAGAACAAUGCACUUUAGAGAGAAACAUAUAUUUUUUUAAAGAAAAAUUGAAAACAAAGAAUUUUUAAAAAUUACCAAAUCUGUACCUAAAUAAAGGAAAAAAAAUAUUUCGUCUACCUGACUUUUCUGUUAUGCCAUUUUUAAAGGAAGGAAAAAUACGACUAAAAACCUUAAAAUUUGCCUAGACAAGCAGGCAGCUAAUAGGAAAGUGUAUUGUAAUAAAUGCCCACCUUUCCAAGCACCAGCAUUAGGAAAUCUUUGUAAGUGUGUUUGAUACAAUGAAUAAUACCUUAUCAGCAUUUGAUAGAAUUUUUUUCCACCACCUUUGAAAAUCAACUAAGUUAAAAAUGCAAUUGUCAAAUACGAAACUAUUCAAUUAAUGCUCAACCAAACAACAGAAAUGAUUGAAAUGUUUGGAUCCAAAUUAAUGCAAUAUAGCUAAAGAUUCAAAUAUCUAAUUCCAUAGGUUUAAGAUAGCUUUAGACUUGUUUUUCUCAACAGUUAGCCCACUGUGGCACGUGGUAAGCAGCUUGUGAAAGUGAAGACACUGGUGGGGCCUCAAAUGAAAAGUAAAAUGAAACUCUUGUAGUCUAAUACUGAGUCCUUUAGCACAGCUCUGUAUAUGUUAACCCCAAAUAUUUCACUGAAUUCACUGGGGUGUGCUCUCAGAUAAGUAUUAGAAAACUAACCGGGGUAAUUAUUUUCAUACCUUUAUUUUUAACAUGACCUUUCCUUACCAAAAUUACUGCGUAUGUGAAGAGAAAGAGAUAAAAAUCGAGAGAUUUUUACCUACUUUCAGAGUCUAGAUUAAGGUUUUGGUUAGAAAAUUAUCAAGUGGUAACAGUAUAAAUUAAAAUGAUGUCAAGGUGUCUGUUUGUUAAUAUUCUCUUUUGAUUAUUUAUACAUCUCAAGAUGCUAAAUGAUAUGCAAGCCUUCGUUAUAAAACAAAAUAAGAUAAAUAAUGAAUGAAUGAAUGAAACUUCUGCAGGUAGAAAUCAUUCCCAGAAUUAAAAGAAAAACUUGUAAUUUGCUGAUGGGCUUACUCUUGAAUGAACAGUUAAAUCACAUUUCUUAACAUAAAAAUAAACAUGGAACAACCAGCA